GACGCGUGUCCGGCCUCCGGAGUCAGACCCGGAACUUCAGCAGAGAAAGUGAACGCGACUCCCGUUAAACGAUAACCGGAGGGACAUCUACAGCUUUUACUGGAGAUAUCGUCCGUGCAGGACUUUAACCGAGAUCGCCUGAAGUGUCAGAGUGAGUAACGUUAUAUCAUCAGACCCGAUCACUUUAACUCCAGUGACAGAGACAGAUAGCCGCACCAGCUAGCGAGCAGAGCCAGCGUCACAGCUGUCUUCAGUAUGUACCGCUUGCGGGCUCUGACGGCUGCCACCGUCGGGAUGGUGCAGUUGUCAAGACGGCAUCAUGGCGGUGCCUUCCGUUCCUAUCAGCGGCGUCGAGUGAUGCUGGCUGCCCUGGCGGGGGUGACGGGCAUCUCAGCCAGCGCUGGACUACUGUGGACAAGAGCAUAUGCAGAGGCGGGGUCUUCAGUCAAGCAUGAGGAGCAGAUGAAGGAGGAGGAGUCUUUGAAGGAUAUAGUGGAGGAGGUGGGGUCAAACGGCGCUCUCGAGACGAGUAGCGGGGAGGAGGAAGACGAGGCAGGCACAGAAGGGAAGAAAAAGAAACAGAGAGUCGGCUUCCGUGACCGCAAGGUGAUGGAGUAUGAGAAUCGGAUCAGAGCUUACUCCACCCCAGACAAAAUAUUUAGAUACUUUGCCACCUUGAAGAUCAUCAGUGAGCACGGAGACGCGGAGGUUUACAUGACGCCACAGGACUUUGUGCGCUCCAUCACACCCAAUGAGAAACAGCCAGAGAACCUUGGUCUGGAUCAGUUUGUGGUGAAACGCUAUGAUGGAAAGGACUUCUGGCAGACAGAGAAGAUCUCCCAGGACAGAGAGAGGUUUGCAGAUGAGGACAGCAUUUUCUACACACUGGGGGAAUGUGGACUCAUCUCUUUCUCUGACUACAUCUUCCUCACAACAGUCCUUUCCACUCCUCAAAGGAACUUUGAAAUCGCCUUCAAGAUGUUUGACUUAAAUGGAGAUGGAGAGGUCGACCUUGAGGAGUUUGAACAGGUUCAGAGUAUCAUCCGUUCUCAGACCAGUAUGGGCAUGAGACACAGAGAUCGCUCCACCACAGGAAACACUCUGAAAACAGGAGGCUGCAGUUCAGCCCUCACCACCUACUUUUUCGGGGCCGACCUGAAGGGCAAGCUCACCAUUGGCAGUUUCCUGGAGUUCCAGAGGAAACUGCAGCACGAUGUGCUAAAGCUUGAGUUUGAGAGGAAUGAUCCGGUGGACGGCAGGAUCACAGAGAAGCAGUUUGGAGGAAUGCUGCUGGCCUACAGUGGAGUUCAGUCUCGCAAACUCAAACAGAUGCAGAAGAACCUCAAGAGGAUGUUCAAGGAUGCUCAGGGCAUCACGUUUGAAGAAGUGGAGAACUUCUUCACCUUCCUGAAGAACGUGAAUGACGUUGACACCGCGUUGAGUUUCUAUCACAUGGCCGGCGCCUCUAUAGAUAAAGCCACCAUGAAGCAGGUGGCCCGCACCGUGGCCAAGGUAGAGCUGUCUGACCACGUGUGUGACGUGGUGUUUGCCCUCUUCGACUGUGACGGAAACGGGGAGCUGAGUAAUAAGGAGUUUAUCUCCAUCAUGAAACAGCGGCUGAUGCGUGGGCUGGAGAAGCCCAAGGAUAUGGGUUUCACCCGGCUGGUGCGUGCCAUGUGGAAGUGUGCCCAGAAUACUGCCUGGGACUUUGCCAUGCCGAAACAGCAGUAACAGCCGAGACGGCCACCCAUUCCCUGAUCUUACGCUCCAUAUGGAGUAUAAUUAAUCAUUAAGGGAUGAACUCCUCUGGAAGGCACAUCUAUAAGACGCAUGCUACAUCCUCGGCCCUUCGGUGCCGUCCUGCAUCUCUACUCAACAUUCACACAGAGCUCACUAUCUUGCAUUUAUUUCUUGCUGUUGGCCAGUUUUGGAGUUGAAUGCACAUUUCUACACACACUAGAAUGUGACUGAAACACAACAGCGAGAGGUCAUCAUCAAGUGCCAUGAGUUCUCAUCUGAAACGAAUGUUAGGACUUACCGAGAUAAUUCCUGAUAUUCAGCUAACACUCCCCAUCACUUCGCUCCUUAUUUUGCACUCCUGUUGCCAAAUGUGUCCAUGUUUCAAAGUCUCCACUUCAGAACUGAAUCUUUAGCAUCCAGCGAAAAGCAAUUCCCAUUUUGUUAUGAGCUGCAUUAAUAUUUAGAAAAUCUGAUUUCUGAGUGAUGCUGAAAGAGGUCUACUAUUAAAACAUUUCACAGUACUGAAGUCCGUGCAUUUAUUUAAUAAUAUGAGGGGGUUUUAUUUGAUUAAGGCAUUUCGAAAAGGUGAACAUGUCUUAAAUACGCUAAUACAUAAUGUCAGACUUUAACACAAAAUUGUGUCCCAAACAUUACGGUUCACUAAACACUUUGAAUUAUUAAAGAUAAUCAUGCUGUCAAUAAGUAUAUUAAGUAUUCUUCAUUAGCUGUAGGCUGCUUAUGUAAUGUAAUGUGAAACACUAAUGUGUUUAUAAGCGUUUUACACCAAAUUUAAACGUGGCUCAUCAAGUCAGAAUUUGCAUUUGGGUGCAAAAGUCUUAGGCCAUUAGGAUUUCCACCAACAAAAAAAAUGGUUUUAAGCCAGUUAUUUCUACUUUUUGCUGUACUGUGUGAGUAGUAAAUAUCAGUUUACAUUUCCAAAACAUUGCUUUUGCCAUUAGUUGUAAUAAUAAUAAUAGCUUGAAACCAUUUUUUGUUGAUGAAAAUCCUAAUGGCCUAAGACUAAUAUAUUUAUAGGUUAUAUAUUAAGGUGUGUGUGAUUUUGAGUACUAUAUAAUUUAGUUUCACAUUGCUGAGGUGAAUUAGCAUUUACUCCCUGCUGAAUAACAAACACAAGUCUCUUUCAUCAUCACAUUACACUAAUCAAGUCAAGUCUACAAUAAACGUAUUAAACUUCCA